CCUGACCCCACUCUCUGACCCUGCAGAACGAGAAGGAGCUGCAGGACGUUGUGAAACAGCAGGAAGUGAAGAUGCUGCAACUCAUUGACAAGAGUGAGGAGGUGAUGAGGCUGCAGGAGGAGGUGACCCAGCUGAAGCGCUCGCUGCAGCGUGCAGAGACCGAGGCCAAGGUGCUGUGGGAGGAGAUGAGAGGACAGGAGGCCAAGGGGGUCUCAGCCCACGUGCAGGAGCGCGUCCUGCUGCGGCAGGAGGUGGAUAAGCUGCGCUUGCUGCUGCUGGAGAAGGAGGAUGAGAAUGUGGUGGUGUCAGGGAAUUACCUGGAGCAGGUGCGAGGGUUGGAGCUGAGGCUCAGCCACGCACAGAAGAUGCUGCGGAACCACGAAGAGCUGCAGGAGAAAGUGAAGGAGGUCCUGCUGUCCCUCCCCGAGGUGCCCCCAGAGCUCAGUGCCCUCCUGCAGCACCUGGGGUUGAAGCCAAACAGCGAGAAAUCUCCAGCUCUGCUGUAACCCACAGUGUGAAACGUUGCCAUUCUUAACACCGUCGUUAUUUAUUGAAUAAACUUUGUUGACAUUCA